AUGCCAAUGAUGGAAAGCAGUCCAUCGUCGUCAACGACAACAUCACAGCCACCACCACCACCAAUGGAGACAACCCAAGCUGGCAGUGUUGUUAAUCGUCAAAAUACUCUACCCAUACUAAUUGAUCCAAUGAAACAGACAACAGAAUCAGAAAGUAUGCAAAUAGUAGAAAGUAUUUCAAUGGAUUAUAAUGAGAAUAUACCUUUGAACACCUUGAAUAUAUCUUCAUCAAAAUCUGAAUAUCCAAAAACUCCAAUUGAAUGUUCAUAUAUGCCCACAUCAAGAAGUCCUCAAUUAGUCCCCUCACAGUUAACUAAUCUACAAAGCAAUCCACGUGAUGCCCUACUGGAUCGUAUUCCAGAACAGAUUUCAGUGGAUAUGAAUACUGAUCCUAAUAGAACAAUAACAGCAACGGCAACAACAACAACAGAUAAUACAACUCACAUUCCGAUUGAAAAAUCCUCUGUGUUAGAAGAUUCCUGUUGGUCUGCUGCACACGAUGAAGAUGAAGAUGAUAAUGCAUGCGAUCCUGCUGCUGGUGUCCUGCGUACACUCCUGCCACAACUUAAUCUACCGGCUAAUUUACCAGCUAUGAUUCAUCAGCCUGUUGCAUGUUUCACUGUUAAAGAUCCAAAUUUGUUAGCACCACCGGAAUUUAUGACUCCGCACAGUUCUAGCUUUCCUCGAAGAUCGUCUGAUGGUGCAGCUGAUUUACAACCACUCCAUCGACCUGUUAUCACUGUUGGCGGUAGUUAUCCUGAACAAGCGAAUUAUCGUAAAGGGAGUUCUGGUGCUGAAAGUGAAAACUCCUCUUUAGCUGUAAUCAAUUCUGUACGUGCAUCUAAACCUGAGUCAACAGAAGCAACUUCACCGUCUGUAAAUCUGCCUAAUUUAUCCGAUUGGGUAAGAACAUCUCGGCCAAUGUAUGAUAAGAUACCAACUACGGAUUACGAUCCUUUAAAGCUGUCAGUAUCAUCACCAUCGUCAGCAUUUGCAACAGUGGUGACAACAACAAUAACAACAACACCAACAGGCCAACAAACAUAUGAAUCACGUUCACGAUCACUAGCUGCUCAACAACGGUCUUUAUUCUCUGCUCUCCAUUCGCAUAGAAGACGUCUACCCCUAGGUUUAUGGUGGAAACUUACACAUAAAAAAUUUAAUCAAACUGGUGAAGAGUUUAGAAAUGAGUUAUGGAAAGCUCAGUUUAUUCGACAUCAGAAACGCUUUAGUUUACCAGUGAAUUGUGGACCAGUCAGACGACCGUCAGACACUGUGAAAACAGAGCUACAGUGUAGAUGUCAUCAACCGUUAACUUCAGAGUUAUUACAAGAAAUUCAACGAAAGCUACACGACACCUCAUGGAUACAAAAGCUGAACACUACAGAAAGCUCAGAAGUCAAGUGUUCAACUUCUGCUACCAGUAGUACUGCUGAGAGAUGCUUUAAUGCUGAAAAUCUGACAGAGAUAUAUCGUCGUGGAAGUGAAGCUAGUCAGUUGACAGCCUGGGAACAACGAUUAAGACAAUAUAGUGACCUGUAUAAUCCUGGAACGCAUACCCAAUCACAUCCGCAUUUCAUCAACCUAUUCCUCAAAUAG